AUGCUAGCAAGAGGUAGCCAUAGCAUUGCGCCUCUCAUAGGUGGUGCACCAUUUCUUUUCAUCUUUUUCCUUGUGUGGUGGCUUCACCAUGAACCUACGAACUGGAGAGUCAUUAGGGAGAGCGUAACCGUCUUGCCGUCUGUAUCCUCGGGGAAGCCGCCUUCGUCAGGUCAGGUAUCACAACAACAACAACAACAACAACAACAACAACAACAACAACAUCAACAACAGAGCGACCAGAUCCCAUUACCUGGCCAGACAUCUCCCAUCAGCCCAGAACUCCGCCCGCACAAGGUACUGUCCUCGCUGUCCACGGCAAACAAGCAGUACUUUCCCAUAAUCUUUGGUGAUAAGGAAGGUAUAAAUCCAAGCAUCCUUCCGCACCCGCAAUUCGCCGAUACGUAUAUCAUCAUCGCGCAGCAGCAACGGAGCACAGUCAACAACACAGUCUGGUUCGCUCAGCUUGUAUGUAACGCAAAAUUCACCAACGAUGCACUUGCAUGCAUCGAGUCACCGGUCAUUCUGCCGAUCGCCGCGACUCCGGCCGGAAACUGCAAGGGGGAGCUGGUGUACUUCAACUUCAGUGUCGGACCCCACGAUGCCCGAGCAUUUUACGGACCCGACGGCGCAUACGUGAUCUACGGGUCCAACUCCCUCUACACCUGCUUCGGGCAGUGGAUGCAGGACCUGCGCAUGCUGACGGACUGGGGGAACGAGUUUGUGCGACAGGAGUUCCGGAUGGGCACCGAGCUCCGCAGACACAAGCCGUGGGGCCGAGUCGAGAAGAACUGGUUCGUGUUCUGGGACAAGGACGACAAGCUCUACGUCCACUGGGACAUUCAGCCGAGACGGGCAUUUGCGAAGCUGAACUCGGACGGCUCGGUUGGUCGGGAUCUGGCCAAGUACGCAAAGACGGACAAGCUAUGCAUGGACAAGUACAUGCCUCCGACAGGCAAGGUGAUGGAGGACCUUCACCAAGCGACGAAUUCCCUCUCCAUCACCACCUGCAACCGCCAGGACGCCAACUGCGUCGCGAACGACGCCAACACGUUCAUCAUCACCAUCUUCCACUUCAAGAGCUUCCACAUGUUCCACGGUGUCUACGAGCCGUACGUCAUGAUGAUGCAGCGCCAUGCCCCAUUCGCGCUCCACGCCAUCGGAGCGAAGCCUCUGUGGAUCAGCGGACGCGGCGAGGCAGGACAAGGGAAACUUCCCGCUCAAGGCUGGGACGAGGCCGCCUUUGGGCCGUGGAACCAGACGGAGAUGGUCUUCGUCACCUCCAUCAGCUGGAAGGCCCACGGGUCCAAGUACCACGGGUACGCCGACGACACGUUGUUCCUGGGCUUUGGCGUCGAGGACGAGACGACGGGCGGGAUCGAUAUUCGGGCAAGCGAUCUGCUGGCGGAUCUCAACGUCUGCGAGAAGCCGCCACAGAUGAGGGGCAUAGGGGGAUUAUAG